AUGGCUGCUGCAGGGGGUCCCAUCCAGAAUCUCUGUGACGAAGCCACGUGCUCCAUCUGCCUGGAUUACUUCAAGGAUCCAGUCACCAUUGCAGAGUGUGGGCACAACUUCUGCCGAUCCUGCCUGAUCCUGUUCUGGGGGGAAUCGGAGGCAGAGGCUUCCUGCCCUCAGUGCAGAAAAACAGUCCAGAGAAGGAGCCUCAUCCCCAACCGGCAACUGGCAAACUUCGUAGAAUUAAUCGAGAAUCUCAGCCUUCAAGAGGGAAAGGAGGAAGGAGGGAAAGGAGGAGUCUGCGAGAAGCACCAGGAGCCCCUGAAGCUCUUCUGCACGGAGGAUGAAGCCCCCAUCUGCGUGGUGUGUGACAGAUCCAAGGACCACAAACACCACGAGGUGAUUCCUCUGGAGGAGGCUUUUGAGGAAUACAAGGUAGGAGAUCCCUGGAUCUGGAGGGGGAGAAAUAGCUGUGGAUUCUUCUUGGGAGGUUAUCUUUUUAAUUCUCAGGUCCAAAGUAGGCAUGGCAUGAACUGGUGGUUGUUUAUUAUGUAAAAAGCAGCCCAGGGGAAGCCUGAGGUUUGGGAGGAGGGAGUUGAAGUCUUUCUCUCUGCCAGGGGGACAAAGGGAUCUUCCCUUGAAAUACUCACAACAGCUUCAAAGAUUUGUACUGGGACCGUGGGAGGGAGAGAAAGGGUUAACCUCAUCCACAUCCCCCAGCAAGGUUGCAAGGGAUCAGCUGGGUGAGAGAGGGGAGGAGUGGUGGCCAGGAAUUGACAAGAUGGUACAGGAUCCCUGCCCCGCAAGUAUCUGUUGGAAGCAGAUUUAGGAGUGUGUGUGUUUGUGUGUGUGUGUGUGUGUGUGUGUGUGUGGAAGCGCCUACUGGUGGGGAGCAUGCUUAUUCUGGGGGUGCUGUGGAGCCUGUGCAAUGAGAUUUCAGUGGUGGGGUGUGUGUGCGUGUGCUGAGGAUCUCCUCCCAUCCCAAAUGGCAAAGGACUCAGUGAUAACAAUAAUUAUAAUAAUAAUAAUUUAUUAUUUAUACCCCGCCCAUUUGGCUGGGCCUCCCCAGCCACUCUGGGCGGCUUCCCAAAACAAUAUUAAAAUACCAUAAUACAUCAAACAUUAAAAGUUUCCCCAAAGAGGGCUGCCUUCAGAUGUCUUCUAAAAGUCUGGUAGUUGUUGUUCUCUUUGACAUCUGGUGGGAGGGCGUUCCACAGGGCGGGCGCCAGUGGUUCAGAGUGGCAUUUGCAAAGACCAGGGGGAAAGAUGACUUUUCCAUGACAACUCAGAAUUGGACCUGUGCUAUUAUACAUAAAAAAUAAAAUCCUCAUUCUGGAUCCUACUUUAGCCCCUCCUCCUCCUCUUCCCACGUCUCCCUGGGACCUCAAGAUGAGAAGUCAGGCUGGAAGUCUCUUCAGAGAAGACAAAGGAGCGAGCAUGGAUGCCUUUCCUCUUCUCCAGACUAGAUAACUUUCCCAUCCCAGUUCUGCUGUGCUUCUCAACCCGUGUGCUGUGGCACCUGGAGUACCAUGAAUGAUGCUCAGGGGUGCUGCUGGCAACACUGGCCUCUGUCCCUCUUUCCUUCCCUCCCUCCUCAGAUGCCAUAGCUGCCUCCCAAAGGCUUGCGCAGCUCUUUGUUGCAGCAGCCCUGGCUACAAGCUCCGCUGGCGAAUGGUGCUUCUGGGGCUGGCCAGGGGGUGUGGGCUGCCAGGAGCUGAGGCGGCCUCGGAGGAAGCAAGGAAACUGGCGAGGGGCCCUUGCUGGUGGGAAGGGACAGACAAGUCCCUGUGGGGCAGCGUGAGGAGGCACCUCUCUUUGGGGCAGCUCAGAGACCCAGAGGAGGACUCCUAAGGAGAGGGGAGAGGAGGCUGAGAGAGCCCUCCACAAGGGAGGGUGUUCGAGAAAGGGCUGCAAGAUCUGCAAGCAAGAGGGGAUCUAACUGGGAUCCUGAGCCCCACAGGGACACCGAAGAAAGAAGGAAGUUGGUCCAGGGAGCCUUAGACCCAAAAAGGUUGUACUUUUAUUUCCUCUAGUAAAGUACUCUGGUACUUUACCUCAGGAUGAGAACAGAAAUCGCGUGGCGGCAGCAGCGGGAGGCCCCAUUAGCCAAAGUGGUGUUUCAGGUUAAGAACGGACCUCCAGAACAAAUUAAGUUCUUAACCCGAGAUACCACUGUACUUUGCUAUUAUAGCAAGGCCACUGGACCCAAGAAGCCUGUAUAAUAUUCAUCUCCUCUCUCUGUGUCUCAAUAAAACCUAAGUUUCCCUUUUUCUUUUCAGGGAGAGAUCUGUCACCACUUGGAGAUUCUGAGGAAAGAGAGAGGGGAAAUUCUGGCCUAUCUAGCAGCCCUGGACAAGGAAAGCAAAGACCUCCUUGUAAGUGUCUCCCUUGUUACUAGUGAGGGAACAAGCACUGGAAGAAUUGAGUCAGGACUGUGGAAGGAUGGGGAAAUCUGUCCAUUUCAACUUCCCCCCAUUCUCCUUUUCCAUAUCAGUUUGUUUGUUUAUUUAUGAUGAUGAUGAAAAUGAAUAAAAUGCUAAGGUGGCUACCUUCUUUUACAAAUAUUUUGAUAUGUACUUUACCCUCAUAAAUACAUUUUUUGUGAACAUUACCUGGCUGGGUCAACCUUGAAAGAUUCAGAGGUGUAAAUUUCAAAAGAUUGCUCUGUUUCAGUCUCCAUCACGUUUCAAUGCAGCUAAAUUGAGUUUAUUUCCCAUUGUCAUUUAUUAUAUGAAUAGCAGUGAAGGAGAAGCCUGAGGACUUGUGAGCUGAGAGGGUGGAAGUGGUUCAAUUCAAAUCCUGAUUUACCAUAAAUAUUACUAAAGAGUUGUCUUUCUAAAUGUGCGCUCAUGUUCAUUUCUAGGAAACUCAAGCCAUUUUGAACCUUUAAAGAAAACAGGGGAGCUAUGGGGAUGAACUCUGCACUGUCGUCCUCCUGCUGUUUCUGCAGUUUUCCUACACCUAAAUGACACCAGCCUAAGCUGAGGGGUGUUUUAUGUCCCUGGGUGAUCUCUGAACAACUCUGAACUCUGGUUAUGCCAUGCCCCAAAACAUGCAGGGAACAUCCAUGGCUAGAACAAAUGCUCCUUCCUUUAGGCUGUAGCCCUCUGCAAAAUAGAAGUCAACAGAAACAGCAAUGGAGAGGGCCUCCCCUCAAAAUAAAGGUUUACUUCUUUAGCCACUGGAGGUUUCAUGUCUAUGAAAAAUCAGAAGUGUCCUCCCUGUGGAAUUCUCACAAUUCUCUUCCUGGUGAUUUGAAGGCUGAUCACCUUCCACACUCAGACCUCCUCUUUUCUUGCAGAAAUUAACAGAAACGGAGAGUCUGAAGGCUGUGGAGAAGUUCAGAGAACUGCGCUGGUUCCUGGAGGAACAAGAGAAACAUCUGUUGACUCAUGUGGAAAAGGUGGAGAAGGAGAUUGCAGGGAGAAGGGAGGAGCAGCUGGCCAGACUCUCCAGGAAACUCUCCUCUCUUGAGAGGAUCAUUCAGGAGAUGGAAGAAAAGGGUCAGCAGCCAGCGAGUGAACUCCUGCAGGUAAGAUGGUGGCAGGAACAGCCCAAGGCUCCAGGAAAAGGCUGCCCCUUUCAUGUAUGCAAGGAGUGCAGGGGCUCAGAUGAUGGAGCCUCUAGUCAGGUUUAUAAUGGACAGGAAGACCCAAGAGACCUGGGAUGCUUAACUCACCUGAAUGCAGACUAGAGAUUCGUCUGUGUUCUUGAUGGAACGGGAGCUGAUCUUCUGCUCUUUGCUGAUGCUUUGUCUCCGAACGCCUUUCAGCUGUGGGGGCUUCGUCUAGGAUGCGUUCAGGCCUCCUUCCGACAUGAGCCGGUCUCUUGACCAAGCUUCUCUUCCCGUUCCCUCCACAACUUCUGGGUUGAUCCCCUUCCCCAUGGAUACAGAUCGACCCAGAAUGUUGCGCAGUCACAGUGACCAAAGAGCAGGACAGAGGGACUCAUCCAGACUGCUGCUUGUCCCACCCCUUUCCUCCAGGAAAACCGGCUGUUUACUGCUGAAUUAGAGCAAACGUCAGCCAGGUUUUCUCCGGAUUGACGUUAGCUUUGAUGUUGCACCAAGGAGCAGAUUUUUCCGGAGGGAAAGCGGCAGGGCAAAGACAAAACCACUUGGAGUCAUGUUUUCUGGGCACAGGAAAAGCAGAAGUGUGGAUGAGUCCAAAGAAACACUGACCUAUUUUAUUACCCCUUUGGAGGCAUUUUAGGCUGCAGGUGAUUUUUUAAUUUCCAGGUGGAAAAUAGCACAGUGGUGCCCCGCAAGACGAACGCCUCGCAAGACGGAAAACCCGCUAGAUGAAAGGGUUUUCCGUUUUGGAGGUGCUUCGCAAAACGAAUUUCCCUAUGGGGUUGCUUCGCAAGACGAAAAAAUCUUACGAGUCCCUGCGGGGUUUUUUCGCUUUUUUCGCCCUUUUCCUAAGCCGCUAAGCCGCUUAUCAGCUGUUCCGCUGAUAAGCCGCUUAACAGCUGAUCGCUGAAAGCCGCUAGACAGCUGUAGCGCUAAUCCGCUAAGCUGUCAAUGGGCUUGCUUCGCAAGAAGAGAAUCGCGGAACGGAUUCUUUUCGUCUUGCGAGGCACCACUGCAUUUGAAAUUUGGAGACUGGGACAGUGCCCUGGUAGAAUUAUCCUGUAGGCUUACUUACGUCUGAAUUGCACAAUGCAAACUGGAUUAAAGUUAAUAAAUUAUAAUCUAAAACAAGACAUGGAGUGGAAUCUUCCACUGAAUCCAUAAAUGUGUGAUUCCCUUAACUGCUGCUGGAUGUUCAUAAGGAUUAAAAAGAAUAAUUGCAAACUGAUGUGGAAAUGUGAAGAACUUGAUACUGGAACAAUUAAUAAUUUCAGAUUGGAAAAAUAAAAGCUGUGAGAAACCAAAACUGGCUGAUUCAGCCAUUCCUACCCACAACCUUGCCAUGUGCCAGGCAGACUGACAUCCAAGGGCCCGGGUCUGAGGGGGUCUUCCUAGUGUGGCCUGUGGUGUGCAGUGAAUUCUCUUCUCUUUUCCCCUCUAGGAUGUGAGAAGGACCUUGCAGAGGUAAGUGGAUCUGGCUCAUUUCCAUUAGCAUCACUCGUUGAAGUUGAGAUGCAAGAACCUCAGACAUGGCCCUCCAGGGGCUGCAGGGGGGAGACUGGAGGACUCACUCCCUGCAGCACCUCACAGGUAAAAGUAGAGCCCCCUCUUCUGAACUUGUAGCCCCCCAAUUCUCCCUCCAAGGUUCUCCCUCCCCACAUCACUUCACAAAGGGAUGGGGGCUCUUUUCUUUCUCUUGCACUUUAUGUUCAUGGACUUUUUGGUAAUUUCAAACAUCUAGAAGAGAAAGUGCCAAAGAUACUUGGGAAGAGUUUAUGAUGUACCAAUAGAUUUCCAUAUGCAACUAGAAGCCCCUCAACUCUGGUAACUCAGGCACAGAGAGAAGGAAGGUCUGUUGGUCUAGAAUGGGUGGGUUCUUUUUCUUGGGAGCGUUUCCACUAUGAGAGCCUGAAGGUGGUCUUGAGUGGGGGGUGAAAGUCUAGUUGUUUCCUGCCUCUAGAGAGAGAGUCCAAUUGGGCAUGGAGUUGUGCCCUUCCUGGGUGGGAGAGGGGGUGAAGGGAGGGUGGAGGUUGUUCUCUUUGACCGCUGGGCAGCUUGGGACAUCACACACAUCUUCAGGAGAAGCUCAGGGAGGGAGGGGUUGCAGGCAUUCCACCUCAGGCGUUUGGUUGUUAAGUCCUGGCACCUUCCCAGAAAGUUGUUAGGGGGCAACAUUGUUUGAAGCCAUGGGAGUCCUCCGGUGGUGUCGCUUGGGGUUACAUCUUGUCCCUUGUGCUGUCUAGCAUCCUUACGAAGCCACUGACAGCUGUCCUCAGGGGUUUUGGACUGAGGUCUCAUCUGUGGUAGAAAUAAACCUGUUGGGAAAUAAACUUCAACUUUCUUCAUGUUAUUGAGAUCUCCUGCAAUAAUCAGGGAGAUGGGGCCACAAUGGGGCCAUUCACUGUUUUUCUUUUCACCAGGUAUGAGGAAAGAGAGAGUCCAGAGAAGCCACUGGGUUUCCCUCCAGAGCUGAGGAACAGGAUCUUGGAAUCCUGUGAACUAAAUCACCUUGUGGAGAAUACAAUGAAACAAUGGAAAGGUAAUGAAUAAUGGUUGCCAGGAUUUCACACUGGGAAUUCUAUUACUUCUUCAGAACUGAACAUGCCAGGCUCUUAUUGCAUGGAAUUGAGUAACCCCAGGAUACCUUCCUUCUUGGUGCUCCAGCCUUCAUUUCCUGUCCCCCAGAAUGGCCCAUGUAUAUUGUGACGCUGGAUCCUGUAAAGAAAGCCUGAACCAGAGUGUAGAUCAAAGUCAGGAUUUUUUCCUCCUGUGUGCAUCUGUUUACAGUUAUACGAAACCUCCUUUUCCUUGUGGUUCCCUGUCUGCACAGUCUGGGUUUGUCCUUUUGGAGGUUCUCCUGCUCUGAAUGGAGUCAAGGGGCAUUAAGAAGCCCCCAGUUCCCCCUCUGCCUCCUGCUCAGGCUUCUUUCUCAGCCGUGGAGCCAAGGCCUGAGCUGUCUCCCCCUCAGACGUCCCCCUGCAGUUGCCAUAUCUAGGGCUUCGGCCUUCAAGAUCUCCUGAGAGUUCCCCCAUUGAGAGUGGAAGCAAGAGCACAUGAGCCCCAAAGGGCACAAUUAUGCUUGUUAACAACCUUAAAGAUUUGUAGAAGGUUUGUGAGGGAGGACUUCCUUUUGCCUGAGAGCUCUGCCAAUCCUUCCUCAUCAAACUUCGCUUCUCCUUAUGUUUCACAAUUUUGGCUUUAUUGAUUCCCCCCACCACUUUACUUGGGGAAGAUGUGAAGGCUGCCUCCAUCUCCCCUCUGCCUCCUUUUCGGAAUUCCUAUUCCUCUGCCUCCCCUCCAGUCCUCCAAUGUAGAGCCCAAUUUAGGGACAAAGUUCAGAGACCAGCAGGAUUCAUGCUGAAUAUUUUUAUUCUCUUAUUUGUAAGCUUGCUUUAUGAUUGCUGUGUUUUAAAGCUUUAGUUAUUUUCAUAGAUUCUUCCUAUGAUUUUCUUGUUUUUAAUUAUUUGUCUACUAUUUAAUAAUAAUACUAGAAUUUAAGGAUGCUACAUUAUGAAGUGUUACUUUUGUACGGAGAUUUAUUUCUGGUGGAAGAGUGUUGCCCUUACACUUUAUAUCUUUCUGCUUCCUCAGAUGCUCUGCUAUUCAGUGAACAGAUUCAGAAAGGUAAAUUUCCAGGAGAGGAACAAUUUGACAGGAGGGAUGGGGACUGAUAUUUCAUGGGUGUUGAACCAUCUGUUCUGCAGACUUUGGGACACCCUUCAAUGGCGUCACUCUGCGUAACAGUCCUCUACUGGCGUUUGGGUUCUUUCCAUGUCCCAUGAAUGAACUGGGAGAGGGUUUGAAGGCUUGGACUGGGGGCAGAGCUUGGCCCUGCGAAGAACCUGCACACCAGUCUGAGUUCCAUUUCUGCCUAUAGACCAGUGGUGGCAAACCUUUUAGGGACCGAGUGCCCAAACCCAAAACCCACUUAUUUAUCGCUAAAACAACUCAUACAUUAACAGCUUUGAUCUUAAAAGAAAUUCACAAUAACAGAGCUUCAGAAAAGAAACGACUUUUAUUGAAAGGUAAAAGUUUGUAUUUGGCAAGCUUUUGAACAAUUAAUGUGAUUUUUGCUGCUGUAUGCAUGUUGAUAAUUUAUCUAACCUUGGCUCCUACUUUGGAAGUUUGAGAGCAACAGAUGCAGCACUCAAGUCAUCUGUUAGUCUGUUUCUGGUGUCAGAUUUUAUGUAAUUCAAAGCUGAAAACAGCUGCUCACAAGCAUAAGAUGAUCCAAACAAAGUAAGGAAAGCAAUCCCAAGUACUUUCAUUGAUUUAAAAUUAUUUGGCAAAUAAUUCCACACUUUAAGGAUUUCAUUUUCAGAACUAACUGUGCUGUCUUUUGUCAUGCUUUCUAUAUUCUCAAGUGUUUCACGCAGGUCACAGAAUUUAUUUUUCCAGAGAGACUAUUAUCCUGGUUUCCCCCUCAAUUUUAUAGAUUUUGCUUUAUUUCAUAAAAUUUAUAUACUGUUUGAUUGUGGGGAAAAGCACAGAGCAUUAGACUCAGAUCUGAGGCACCUGGCUAAACUAAUCUGCAGCAGAGAAUCCCAACAGAGCAGCAUCUGCAGCUAGCGACAUCCUGCAUAAAACCCUUCUCUUGUGGCUGAACUAAAAGGAAGCUGGCUCAGCUACAAGAUCUUGACAAAGGAGUCCGGGAGGGCAAGAGUUAACAUCCCCCUGCCCUUAAGGAGAGUCCAUAUGUGCAUGUUUAACAGUUUAAUAAAUUGUUCUGUGCACAAAGAUGUAAACACGAGCCCAAAUACUGUCAUGUGGCAAGCAAGGGAGCAAUAUGUAUUAUUGUUAUUUUGUUGUUGAAAAUUAAGAAGAUUGCUACUAGCAAUGCAUCACAGCUUUGAAAGCCUACAUAGAGUAUUUCAAAUGAGAGUUGUCAGUGAUCCAUGGUUAAAAGAAGAAGUUGGCAAAUGUGUCCUCUUUUGUGCUCUUCAAAAUAACCCUACACUUGCCUAUCACAACUGUCUUAGCCCCUAACUUUUGAGUUAUUCCCCCUUCCCUCAGGGAACACGUCUUAUGGUUUAUAUUAAAUCCAAAAGAGAAGCAUGGAAUAAGCAGUGCUUUGUAAAAUUGCCCUGCCACCUGGUGGCAAGGCCUAAACUUACAAUAUGGCAGGAAGGCAAGGAAUAAACAGGCUCUCCACUUAACACGAUUUCCACUUGUGGGCACGAGGGCCCAGAACGUGACUCCCCACGAGGGGAGGCCUAUAUGUGUUUUUAUGUUGUAGUUUUAUGCUGUGAACCACCCUGACCUAUGGAUGAAGGGCAGUAGGGAGAUGUGAUUAUUAUUAUUAUUAUUAUUAUUAUAACGGGGGGUCCUCCUCCUCCAACCCAACCCAGAGGUCCCCAAAGGGCAAUUCCCACAGAGAUUGUCAGAGGAAAUCAGCUUCUCUCCUCUCCUGCCUCCUCCAAUUCUCCUCUCUUUCCCCUUAGAUAACACAGAAGAGAUGAGUAAAAGGUUUCCUGGGUGGUUUUUCCUCUUAGAAAAUGCCUGGGAUGAGAGGAGGGCAGGAAUAAUACACAUCGGAUAUAAGAAAGUGAAGGGAACUGAUUUAAAAUCAAACAAGGAAGAUAUUUAUUAUGUUGAAAGUCUGCAAGGAGUCUCACUCUUGCAUGUGAUCCAAAGAAAUCCCAUUCAUCUGAAAGGGAAUCUGGGUUUUUCCGGGUUGUUAUUAUUAUUAUCAGGAUGUCCGUUUCUGUCUCUCAGCUGACUCUGCCUAAUCUUCUCUUUCCCUCAUCUUCUCCCCAACAGCAAAUGUCACUCUGGAUCCAGACACAGCCCAUCCUGAACUCAUCCUGUCCGAGGAUAGGAAAAGCCUGAGUAGGGGAGACAAACCUCAAGCCCUGCCUGAUAAUCCUGAGAGAUUCGGUGACCAGCCUUGUGUGUUGGGACGUGAGGGAUUCACAGCAGGCAGACAUUUCUGGGAAGUCACUGUGGGAAGUGGGGAAUAUUGGGAUGUGGGGGUCGCCAGGAAGUCUGUGGAGAGAAAGGGCUGCUUCCCCUUAAGCCCUGAGACAGGGAUCUGGGCUGUUGGGAAGUGGGGAGAGUACUUUGCCUGCACCUCCCCAGAUGAGACUCCUCUGUCCCUGAGGGAGAAGCCCAGGAGGAUCCGGGUGACUCUGGACUAUGAAGGGGGACGUGUGUCUUUUUCUGACGCUGACUCAGGAGCCGAACUCUACACGUUCUCAGGAGCCUCGUUCUCUGGAGAGACCCUCCUCCCUUUCUUUGAUCUGGAGGGAAAUUAUAAAACCCAGCUCAGUAUCUCCUGA